CAUCUCACGCGCGUUGGUUGGCUCGCAGCCUUUCGUUACGGUUUUCCCGUGCGCGCGGAGUGGGGGCGUCCACCGGUUUCGGGACGCGGAUCAAGAUCUCGGCUUCAUCCAGCCGUUCAGUCUAGUCGUCGGACCGGACACUUCGCUUCGCCACUGCUUACGAUUUUGCCCGAACCCGUUGCCCGGAGGCCGUUUGAAUUAUUUUGGCACGGCCGCCGCCGCCGAUCGUAAACCACAGUGACUAUAGCCGAGACUGUGAAAUUAUUAUUAUUAUUAUUAUUAUUAACUCGCGCACCUAUCUGUUGAAUAUUUCGACGAUUUUCUGACGUUCUUCUGUAUUCAUUCGUCCCGUUACGUUCGCUGUGACCGCGCGUCGUCUUUCGCCGCGCGAUUCGCAACGUUUCGUGCGCACCGUAUAUUGUGUCUUCGCUCGCGGUUUAGUUUGCACAAAUCGUUGCCACUUCCUGCGCACAUAUUGCGCUCUUCAGCGUUUGACAAAUACAUUAUAUACUCAAGUCUUACCGACUGUUGUUGUGUCGUACACGUUAACCGUGUAUCACGCGAUACAUUUCGUUGCAUCGACUUGUUGAUUUUUUUUUUUUUUUUAAUCGUGAUUUUUGUGUUUCAGGUGGACGAAGAGCGGAUAACUACGACAACUCGAUUUUACCGCCGAUAAUCACCGUUGUGUAGCUGCCGUUGGCUUUUCGUCGUAUAAUAAUCACACCACAAUAACUUUUAUAGUGCACCGACCCUACACGCUGUUGUACUAUUUACGGAAAUCACACACACACAUUCGCAAAUACACAGAGCAGAUUUGAUAUAAACCAUUAUAUUACUUGCUAAUUAUUAUUAUUUCAUGAGCUAUUCGUAAUCGUAUUCGUAGUUAUUUUUCGUACAGUAUAUAGUUAUCGUAAUUUAUUUUUAGUGUUUAACAUUUUUUACCACCGCUGUUUCGAUAGCUAUUGGUAUUUCGGUUUUCGAUUUUAAUGCUAACGUUAUUUUUUCCUUUGGCUCAGCUGUCUAGUCGACUGCGGCGAUGGCGGCGAUGACUGAAGUGGAAAAUAAACGGUACAAAGAGCAGCACAGACGAUGGUACGCCGAGUGGAUCCGGAAGCAGUACGACGGGCCGGGCUGCAGGGCCAAGAUAGUCGGCCGGGCCAAGUACGAGCGGAUAGUGAGAGCGGUCCGCGGUGAACUGAGACGGGCCGCCGACAAUUCCAAAUUCCGUUUCUGGGUGCGGGCCAAGGGGUUUCGGAUGGGCAGACCAGCGUCGGGCGCCGGGCAAGUGGACGACGGGAACAGCUUGUACGUGGUGGACACCAAGAACGGUGGUUCGGCGGCGUUCGGCGGGUCGCAGCACUGCUACAAGAAAGUGGCCGUGGUCGACGAAUUCUUCGACAUAAUAUACCGGGUGCACUGCAGCGGUGGCGGAGUUUCAGCGAGACAUUCGGGGCAGAAGCGCACGCAUCGCAUGAUUAUGGAGACGUACGUGUUCCUACCCAGAGAGGCGGUCACCGCGUUCCUCAUGGGGUGCCCUCAGUGCAGCACCAACAGCGCCGCGUCAACAGCCGUCUGCGCGUCCGUGGACGGUCAACAACGGUUGCCGCAACCGCCGGCUCCGAUCACUGCCGGCGGUUUUGGCCGCGACGAGCACGACGAGCGGUGGUCGUCGUCGUCGUCAUUCGCCUGUUCCACUCCGGUGAAAUGCGGAACAGAAAACCGCUGUGCCGGCGAGACCAUCACGGCGGACGGGUUCGGCACCGGGGCCGCGGGAGCGGACAAGGAGAACAUCACGGAUAACGAUGGGCAAACGGGUGCAACGGCUUUGGUGUCGGUUCCGGCCAACGCCGGCCGUAACCGGCGCAAACGCGCGGUACCGCUGAAACGUGACGUUCGAGAGCCGUACCAAGUCCUAGCCGUCGCCGCCGCCUCUCCCGCCUCCACCACUGCCUUGUCCGGUGACACGAGCACGGGCAGUAGCACUUUGAAAAACAGCACUAAUAGCAGCUGCACGUUGAUAAUGUCGUCAUCGUCGUCCCGGUCGGACCGUAGCGGUGUAAGUAGAUCGAGUGGUGGUUGGUGGUCUAAGGAAGAAAUGUGCAGCAACAGGAUCAGACUGAGUGCGAGUUGUAGUAGUAGAAACAGCAGCGGUUCAAGUGCUGGUGCGAGUAAUAUGCAACCGUUAGACUUGUCAUCGUCACCGUUGAUGGUGAUUUCACCCGCGCCGAACACGACGGUCCGAUCGUCGUCGUCCCCGUUGUUGGAGAGAGAAGAUUUUUUUUACAAGCGUAGGCGCGUUUGCCGUCGGCGCGUCAAACCGAAACGUUUGAACCGGCCGAGUUUUAAUCGUUGCGGUGGGCGUCAAGAAGACGAUAACACGUCGACAAGUGACCGUGAUGACAAUGACGAUGAGGUCGCCCGAGAUAGUCACCGUCGCAAUGAUAUUGAUAAAGAAAUAGUUGUUGACAAUAGACAUGCACGGGAGAUGUUCUUAGGAAAACGGGUUGGAGAUUUAGAAACGAAUAAAGGAAACGAUGGUCCGAAACCGGCAAAGUUAAAAAGAAAGCUCGAGGAUAGAACGGUGGACCGUAGAAAUAACAAUAACGAUGACAAUUGCUACGAUAAAGUGGCGGCAAUGGCGACGACAUCAACGGUAGCUACCGUAAGUUGCUGUACCGGUGCAGGUGGACGAACGAUAAAAGCGGAAGUUGUAGUGGUGGAUGUAGUGACGGAACAGGCAUCGACGACAUUAUUGGAAACACAAGAGGAAAUCACCGAAAACAAAGGAUCUGAAGCUAACGAAUUGGACGAAAAUCAAGAAAAGAGUGCGGCUAUGCAUUCACCCAUGAACAAAAGAAUUAACGGUAGUGGUCAUCAUCCAUAUCAUAUGCAUCAUAACUCGAGAAGUAUUAUGAAUGGAUUAGCCACAUCUUCGUCAUCUUCCUUAUCGAAGUCGUUGGAUACGAUUACUACCAGUAAUACCACACAUCACAAUUUUCAUCGACAUUGGUUAGACAUGGCCAACGACUCUGUUAAUAACACUAAUAUGAUGGAUGUAGACGGGUCUGCAGAUGACAAUUCUAUGGCUGCUGCUGCAGCUGCGGCUGCUGCUGCUUUGCUUUUUAGUCCUCCAUCUUCAGUUGGUAGUGGCAUAUCACCUAGUGGACUAUCAUCAUUGCAUCCCAAUUCACAUCUUGCCCACCACCAUGCAUUAUCACCAUUAGCACCACUUGCUCUACCACCCCAUUCAGCUUCUGGGGUAGGAUUGUCAUCUGCACAUCAUCAUCAUCACCAGCAUAUUCAACAGCAACUACAACAAUACGCUGCGGCUGCAGUAGCCGCGGCUACUGCAGCGGCCGCGGCCGCGGCUGCAGCAUCUUCGGCAGGUGAUUCGACAUCACCACCUCCAAAUUUGCCACUAUCUUUGCCUCCAAUGGCUCAUCACUUCAAUCCAAACAAUAAUAUUAGUGGUUCGAAUAAACGUCGUUCUGGUGGAACUGGGUUGACAGUGCAACAACAGCUAUAUCGGCGGAGUGGAACUCCUACUUCUUCCACAACAUCAUCGCCUUCGCCUAGACCACUAAAUUCUAAAAGCGAUGCAGAUACAACUACUAGUGGUACUAGUCUACAUGAGAAUGGCAGUUUUUCGGUAACUGGACCCCCAACCACAACGACGACUGUGCUUUGGCCACCACUAGGUCUUCUUACUGCAGCACACCAACAGCAUCACCAUAGUUUGUCAUCACCUCCGAAAUUCCAACAAUUGUUUGGUUCGUCUGUUAAUUCUCUGGCCACAGCUACUGUUGGAUCACAAGUUCUGCCGUCAUUGCCACCACCACCAAUUUCAUCACCUUCGACUUCAUAUCGAUUAGCGUCCAAAGAGACAAAUGGUAUGGUAGUAACCACUACAAAUGGUAAUGUCACUGGAAACGAUAUUGGAAUUGGAACUGGUACUGAAAAUGCAAUACACGCUGACGAAGAAGACCCAGCAAUCGAUGAUGACGAAGACGAAGAAGAUGAAGAGGACGAAGAAGAAGAGGAAGAAGACUUGGAUGACGAUGAGAUUGAAGAAGGUGAAGAUGAUGCUGAUGAAGAAGAGGAAAAUGAUAGAGCAGUAGAUGGUGGUGAUGGUAAUAGUACACACACUCGACGAUUGCGUAGACAACAGGUCCGCCGUUUAAGGCAAUUACAGCGUACUGGCCGUGGAAACAAUACUCAAAUGAAUGAUAACACUGAUUCUGGAAUCACUACAAAUUAUCACCAACAAUGGCAACAACCUUCUACUACAUCUACUACAGCAAACUCUUCAUCACAACAACAACACCGACAAUCGAUUGGAUCAUCCUCACAACAGCAUAUCGAUCCAGAACGUUUAAAGGCGUUUAAUAUGUUUGUUCGAUUGUUUGUGGAUGAAAAUUUGGAUAGACAAGUGCCUAUCAGCAGACAACCCAAAGAUAAGGUACAAGCUAUUAUCGAUUCAUGUGGCCGACAGUUUCCUGAACUUUCAGAUAGGUCACGUAAGCGUAUCAGGACUUACUUAAAAUCAUGCCGUCGUAACAAGCGAAACACACCACAAUCUGGUGGUGUUGUAUCAUCAUCGCCUCCUCCACCCACUAAUCCUUGGCCAGCCAAUGGUUCUUCUACCGAUCCAUCUGUACAACCGCAAAGGCCUACUCCUGCACAUUUAACGAGUGCUCAAGCCGAAACAAUAUUAGCAGUUGCUUGUCAGCGGGAAUCAGAUAAUGCUCGUCGAAUGCGUCUAGGCCUUGAACCCGUGGCUCAGCCUUAUCCAUAUUCAGUUACUCCUACUUCAGUCUCUAAUGUAUUUCAACAACCAGCUGGUACUUUACUUUUAAAUCAAAAUGGAAAUGGAGGCACGAAAUUGCAAAUGUCAUCAACUUCGUCUGAUGAAGAUGCUGCAGUUGGCGAUAGUAGUUUUGAUAAGUCUUCUUCCAAUGCUAACGAAGCUGAUACUGAUCAUCACAACGGUAAUGAUGAAACAGAAAAUCAAGAUGUUCACGGCGGUCGUGAGGGUAACGUUUCUACAGGAAGUGUUACUGCUAGUGAUUUAACUUCUAUCAAUAACACUACAACGGAAGAUUUGAACACAAUAACUGUUACAUGUGGAGCUAAUGUUACCUCUUCAUCUCCUAAUAAUAAUGAAGCUACUGGGCCCACUGACUUGAGCCUUAAUAAGACAUCUUCUGCAACAACUACAACAAUCGAUACUAACAUAGUGGCUUCUACACCACCGGUACCAAUAGGAAGUGGAUAUACAAGUAAUUCUGGUUUCAGGGGCCUUUCUUCAUCAACAUCUACUACUACGGUCAACCAUCGACGAGUAAGCAGUAACAACUCGUCUUCUACUACCGGUAUGCUACAAUUGUUUCCAACGAUGUCCACCCCAUCUAGUAUCUCCGGUGGCGCAUCAUCACUUCCACUACAGCCCUCUAUGCUUAACCAAACGACACCACCGACACAACCAAGCAGUAAACUUUUGAAUAAAGCUGACGUAGUAACUGUAAGACAACUCAUAGCAGGAUAUCGUGAGUCGGCGGCUUUCCUAUUACGUUCGGCUGACGAGUUAGAACACUUGUUGUUACUACGAGGUUAAAUAAAUUAAGAAAACUUGUAGAUUAGUCGAUAUAAGUGUUACAUUUUUUUUUUUUUUUAUUAAUAUUUUAUCUAUAUUUCUCUGUCUUUAUGUAAAGUACAAAAAAAUUUAAACCAAUUUGUGUUUUUUUUUUUUUUUUUUUUUGUCAACCGUUAAAAAUCAUUGAAUAUAUAGUGUACGAUUUGUUGUUACUUCUUCAUUAGUUUGGAGAAGAAAAUAACAUAGAGUGUACCUAUAGAACACGAUGAUAUUGUUGACAUGUCACUAUAUAUUAUUUUAUUGUUAUUGGAGUGAAAAAUAAACGUCAUAUAAAUUAUUACG